GCCCAGGCUUAGGCGCCGGCAGGAAAUCCAAGCGCGAGGCGCCAUCUUGUCUGAGCCGACCUGCUUCCGGACUACAUUUCCCAGAGGCCUCCGGAGGAACAGGGCCGCUCCUUCGCUCGCUUGCCGGAUCCUCGGCCUCCCCGCAAGGGGAAUUACAAGCUCUGCUCUUCUCAGUUAGGUCCCCAGAGGAAGAAGGAGGAAUGAAUGUUGAGGAAGCCAAAUAAAAGUCCUGCUUUCUCAGAAUACUAUCCUUUCUCAGGAAAACAGCCCCAAGAAGGAUUCAUCCUCUCCUGCAAUACUGAAAGCCAUGGCCCAGGGAUCAGUGAUGUUCAGUGAUGUGUCUGUAGACUUCUCACAGGAGGAGUGGGAGUGCCUGGACCCUGGUCAGAGGGACUUGUACAGAGAUGUGAUGUUGGAGAACUAUAGCAAUCUGCUGUCAAUGGGACUUUACAUUCCUAAGCCUCAAGUUAUCUCCUUACUGGAACAAGGAAAAGAGCCCUGGAUGGUUGGCAGAGAGCUGACAAGAGGCCUGUGUUCAGAUCUGGAAUCAAUGUGUGAAACCAAGUUACUGUCUCUGAAGAAGGAAGUUUAUGAAAUAGAGUCAUGCCAGAGGGAGAUAAUGGGACUUACAAAGCAUGGCUUUGAGUACUCCAGUUUUAGAGACAUUUUGGAAUAUAGAAACCACUUUGAAAAACAACUGGGAUAUCAAAGUGGGCAUUUCAGCCAAGAAAUACUCACUCAGGAAUACAUACCCACAUUUAUUCAACAGACAUUCUUAACUCUACAUCAAAUAAUUAAUAAUGAAGAGAAACCCUAUGAAUGUAAGAAAUGUGGAAAGGUCUUUAGUCAGAAUUCACAAUUUAUUCAACAUCAAAGAAUUCAUAUUGGUGAAAAAUCUUAUGAAUGCAAGGAGUGUGGGAAAUUCUUUAGUUGUGGCUCCCACGUUACUCGACAUCUGAAAAUUCAUACUGGUGAAAAACCCUUUGAAUGUAAGGAAUGUGGCAAGGCUUUCAGUUGUAGCUCAUACCUUUCUCAACAUCAGAGAAUUCAUACUGGUAAGAAGCCCUAUGAAUGUAAGGAAUGUGGGAAAGCCUUUAGCUAUUGUUCAAAUCUUAUUGACCAUCAGAGAAUUCACACUGGUGAAAAACCCUAUGAAUGUAAAGUAUGUGGGAAAGCCUUUACUAAGAGCUCACAACUCUUUCAACAUGUGAGAAUUCAUACAGGUGAGAAACCCUAUGAAUGUAAAGAAUGUGGCAAGGCUUUCACUCAGAGCUCAAAGCUUGUUCAGCAUCAGAGAAUUCAUACUGGUGAAAAACCCUAUGAGUGCAAGGAAUGUGGCAAGGCCUUUAGUAGUGGCUCAGCGCUUACUAAUCAUCAGAGAAUUCACACUGGGGAGAAACCGUAUGAUUGUAAGGAAUGUGGGAAAGCUUUUACCCAGAGCUCACAACUUCGUCAACAUCAGAGAAUUCAUGCUGGUGAGAAACCCUUUGAAUGUCUUGAAUGUGGGAAGGCCUUUACUCAGAACUCACAACUUUUUCAACAUCAGAGAAUUCAUACAGAUGAAAAACCAUAUGAAUGUAGUGAAUGUGGAAAGGCCUUUAAUAAAUGCUCAAAUCUUACGCGACAUCUAAGAAUUCACACUGGUGAAAAGCCGUAUAACUGUAAGGAAUGUGGGAAGGCAUUUAGUAGUGGCUCAGAUCUCAUUCGUCAUCAGGGAACUCAUACAGAUGAAUAAUAAAAGUUAAAGCUCUUGUUACCUUCCUGAUAUUUUAAACAAAAAAAAAUUCAUGUUUGGUAGUUACACUUUCACUAUUUUUUGUUUUUAAAUUUUAUUUCAUAUUUCUUUUUAAUUCAAAUGUAUUUCAGUCUAAGUUAUGAAUUAAGAUUCUAAAUUGACAUUUGCCCAUCCCAUGUCCCCCAGUCUUAUACUAAGGGCAGUUGUUCAGUAAUUAUUUUCUUGCCCCUUAUUUUAUUUUACCUUCUUGGUGAGACAUUCUUGUUUAUAUUUGCUUGAAUUUUUUUUCUUCUCUGAUCUAUGUGUUUGUGCUUACACCAAUAUCAUGCUGUUUAAAAUUGUGUGACCUUGUAUUUUUUAAUCGUAGAAUUACAACCUUGUUUUUGAAGUCAGUAUUAAUCUUUCAUUUCAUUUCACAAAUGAAAGAUUCUGAUUCUUUCAUUUCACAAAUUUCUAUUUUCUUACAUAAAACUGAAAAUCAGAAAACCAGCAACUAAAAACCAAGAUUAACAGUAAUCAUAGCAACUAUCAAUGACUACUCUUAAGAUGAUAGAGCAAACCUCCCAGACUUUGUUUUUAAAGUCAUGGUAUGCAUGCGUGUUAUCCCUUCACCUGUUUUUAUAUCAUGCCAAAAAAUAUGGUUGCCAUUUUAGUAAAUACAGAUUUUUAAAAUGAGUUAUAUAUACUUAAUUACUUUUCAAAAUGAUUUGAUUACUCAUGUUCUAUUUGCAUCUAAGUGUUUGCAUUUAUGAAGUAUGCCCUGAUUUUUGAUCUUUGAAUGUUUCUUUCUUUCUUUUAAAACAUCUAUUUCAAUCGCUGAAAUUAUGCACAUUUUCUCCCUGUAAACGGUUUUGUUCCUUUUUAUCCACCCCAGUCUCAUGCUAGAAAGGUAAUUAACCAGUUAUCAAUGUGUUGUUUACGUCUAGUUUUUGUUUUUACUUCUCACUUUUAUAUGUUAGUGGCUUUUAUUUCUUAGGUAUUAUUAAAGAUAAUCAUGCUAUAUGUAUGGGUUUGUUGUGAGGAUUCAAUGAAUUAAUAAAUGUAAAGUGCUUAGAACUAUUCCUAUUACAUAGUAAAUGCUUAGUAAAAGUUGU